GAAUAGUAAUCAUUCUGUAAAAGAGCUGCCAGUUCUCAACCUGCUGGGGAGAAACAGAGGCACGUGAGUUACCAUAGUAUAGACCGAGGAGAGACCUCUUCCUUGGAGCAAGGUCGGGAGUGAGUAGAACAAACCCCUCGGGUUCCUGGCCUGCCAGAUCGGGGAGGAAUGUCUGAAGUGAUCCAGGGUCUGGGGUAGUUGCAGGAGCAAUGAUGGACAUGUCAGUUGCCAGAGUGUCUUCCAGAGAUAUCUCCUCAUCCACUUUCUCCCCUCCCAAAUCAGGAGGCCAGGAGGAGAGGCUGAGAGGUCGCGGAGGUGGGAGAGGAGGAGGAGGGAGAGAGGAGGGAGACGGAUCCUCGUGCAGCUGAGCGGCCGUCUUCUGCAGUCGCCUCAUGCCAUCCUCCACCUCAGUCCUCCAGAACGAGUGGAGCUCCGCCCUGCCCUGGAUCCCACAGCUCCACAGACACCUCUCCAGAGGAUCCUGAAUAUUUGCUCUAAAGUCAUCGUGUCCACUGUUGCCCUGCCUCUCACUGUGAAUACUCAGUUGUUUACAGAGUCGACUUAGAAACUCUCCCAUCACACCUGCAAGUGUGUCCAGAGCCCGGAGAGACGCACUGUGGUAGCCGGCGUGACAACAAAUGGUAGCCGUGCUUUUUCUCAGCAGUAGAGCCACUGACUUGGGGUCAAGGUUCAACACACUCGGGGGAUUGACCUCGGGUGUGAGGUGCGCCGUGUGGGGAGUCUUUCUGACCUCUGAACUACCGAAAUGUUCCGGCAGGGGUGGAAGGUCAGAGGGAGCAAAAUUGGUGCCUGACAUGAUAGAGAUGUGCUUGACAUCUCGUAUGUGUUGUUUGAGGUCACAGGAAUGGAGUACCGGGUUGUGACCUCUUCUGUCUUUGGGGUGGUCUAGGAGGGAGGGGAGACUGCUCAGCUCAAGAGGUCUACGUGAGGUAGGAGGGUGCUCCAGGAGGCGAGGGACAGAACACACGAGGCCUUGAGCUCCCCAACCAUCCUGCCAGAGAGGACGAGACUGCCAGUUGAGACCGUCUUUCCCUCCUCCUUCUUCUCCCUCUCCUUCUCCACCUCUCCCCCUCACCUCCCCCCAGAGAGCUGGAGGAAGAGGGUCAGCAGAAGAGGACUCGGCGGGUGAUGCAGAGAGGGAGGUUGAUGGAGGCAGGGGGGACGGGACGAGGAGCGAGGAAGAGAGGGAGCGAGGAAGGUACGGCUGUUGGUUGCCGGAGAGGUUUGACGCCAACGUGAAGCCACCGUGUGCUGGUGAGGAGGUGGAGUGAGAGCUCUGCGGCUGGGUCAUGGAAAACCAAGACUGGUGAGCUCCCAGAGCGGUGGGAGACUCCAGACCGCCUCUGGGCACGUCAGCCAUGACUCUGGGUUCCUCUAGAAACCAGUUUUCUCUGGUCUCGUGCAUCUGUUUGUAGCUUCCACGAUUCUGGGUGCGAUGGAAGCGACCUCCAGUGCUCGACUGGGUCGAAGCGGGGCUACUCCAGCCGUGAUGGUGCCCUGAACCAAGCGAAGGCUGAAACCCUCCAGACUCCAUCAUAAGCAGCAAGGUCAAGGUUCAUCAACUCCAAAUAACGCACCCUACCCACGUGUGGAGCGAAGGAAGGAGCAGCAGUGUAGCUCCUGUGCUGGGUGUGAGUGUGUGUGGUGGAGCUAUGGGAGACGACGGUGGCGUUCAGUUCCAUGAUCUCGGGUUGGACGACAGACUGUUGAAGGCGAUAGCAAAGUUGGGCUGGGCGAACCCUACCCUCAUUCAGGAGAAGGCCAUACCACUUGCUCUGGAGGGGAAGGACCUGCUCAUCAAGGCAAAGACUGGCUCUGGGAAGACAGCUGCGUAUGCCCUGCCACUGCUCCAGAAGAUACUCCAGUCAAAGUCAUCUAGCACUGGAGAGCCUGUGAUCAGGGGACUAGUAAUUGUGCCCACCAAAGAGCUGUCUUCUCAGGCGACCAAGAACCUUAAAGAGCUGUCUGCAAGUUGCUCCGGGCUUGUCCGAGUUCUUGAUGUCUGUAAUUGUGGUACUGCUGCCAAUGUCAGAACUGCACUGACCGAGAGGCCCGACAUUGUCGUGGGAACUCCCAGCAGAAUGGUGGGUCAAAUUGCCGCCGUAGAGAAGGAGGUACUGAAAUACGGUCUCGAGGUACUCGUGAUGGACGAAGCUGAUCUCCUCUUCUCGUUUGGCUACGAGGAAAACAUUAAGACCCUUCUCUCCCUCCUCCCUCCCAUCUACCAGUCCUUCCUCCUCUCUGCCACCCUCUCUGAUGAUGUCAAGUCACUCAAAAAGCUGGUGCUCCAUAACUCGGUUACAUUGAGGACCAGGGAGGCGGAGGAUGAGGGCCCCACGUCAUCCAGACUCACCCAGUUCCAUAUCAAGUGUAGCCGUGACGACAAGUUCUUGUUGAUUUACACCCUCCUGAAACUGGGGCUGGUAAAGGGGAAGACCCUACUAUUUGUGAACGAGAUCGAGGGCUGUUACAGGUUGAAGCUUUUCUUGGAGCAGUUUUCUAUCAGAGCUUGUGUACUUAACUCUGAGCUGCCACACAACUCCAGGUGUCAUACCGUGGAGGAAUUCAAUCGGGGUAUAUAUGAUUACGUCGUAGCGACUGACGAGGUGGGAGUGGCCAACGGGGCAGGAGGGAGGGAGGGGAGCGGGAAGGGGAGAAAGAGGAAGAGGGACAGAGAGUACGGAGUCUGCAGGGGAGUUGACUUCCAGGGAGUGGAGAAUGUGGUCAACUUUGACUUUCCACCAACUCCCGAGUCCUACAUACACAGAGUCGGCAGGACUGCGAGAGGGGUUGACUGUGGGACUGCUCUCUCUCUGAUCAGCCAGGAGGAAGAGGCAGGACUAGCUGCCGUAGAAGACAGACUCAGCAGUGAAGGUGGGGAGUCUUCCUCAUCUGUCAUCAAACCUUAUCGGUUCAAAAUGUCGGAGAUUGAGGGAUUUCGAUACAGAAUCACUGAUGCUCUGAGGGCCGUGACAAAGGCAUCCAUCAGAGAAGCCCGUCUGAAGGAAAUACGAGUUGAGGCGAUCAAUUCCGAACGACUCAAGAGCCACUUUGAGGACAACCCCAGAGACCUGCAGGUCUUGCGACACGACCAGGUUCUGCAACCAAAGAGAGUCCAGCCCCAUCUCAAGCACAUCCCUUCCUACCUCAUUCCCAAGGCUCUGAGAACAGAGGUAACGAAGGAGGUAAAGGGGAAGAAGGUUCGGCCGUCGUCCACUGCUGUCAGAAGAGGAGGAGGCAGGAGGAAGAAGAACAAGGUUCGGAUUGACCCUCUGAAGACCUUCACAAGCAAACCCACAAAGGUCCCCAGAACAUCCAGAGGAAAAUGAAGACAGAGCUUUCCUCACUUCACCAAACACUGCCGCCUACUUUUUCAGUUUUCACUGUUGCUGUAGUGUGUGUGCAUCCAUUACUAUUACAAAAGUCCUUCCCCCGU